AUGUUCGGUCGUGUGAGGCUCAAAGAGAACGGCAUGAUGGACGAGGAGCUGCCGACGCUGCAGGAACGGACCAUCCGGUAUUUGGCCAAAAAUCUCCACGUCAUCUGCUACACCGAUCCGGUCACGCAGCUGCUGGAGCUGAAGGACGACGUCGUCAUGCCGAACGAGAUUUGCGAUAGGUUCCUCCGCUAUCAGCAGGAUUGUGGGCAGGACAUCAACGAUCGCUUCAUACAGCUUUUCCGCGACACGGUGAAAACGCCCCUGCGCCAUGUCAGCCUGCGCAACAGCACCAUCACGAACGAGGGCAUGCGUGUCCUGUUGCGGCACCAGCUGACCUCCCUGUCGAUGUGGUACUGCAACAAGAUCACGACCGCCUCCUGGAACAUUCUGAUCGAGCACUGCCGGCAGCUGCGAUCGCUCGAAUUGGGCCGUUUCGUGGACAUGCUGAAGCACAGCGAACCAAACGAGAAGACACCGAUCGACUUUCAGCUAGUGUUGCCACGUCUCCAGCGUCUCAAGCUCAAUGGGGUCGUUCUGCAACCGACGAUCCAGUUCAACCAUCUUACUGAGCUGAGUCAUCUCGACCUGACGGCGUGUAUCUUCGCUGAGUUCAGUCUGAAGGCGCUGAUCGAUCUGCCGAACCUCCGCACGUUGAUCCUGUUCAAUGUGUGGCCACUGGAGCACGAGUUCCCGACGCUGUGUAACCUGAAGAACUUGGAAGCGCUCGAUCUAUCCAUGUCCCGUGUGAAUGUCGACGGAAACUAUCUUACGCCUAACAAAUUGCUAGCAAAUUUAGUUGAAAAUCUACCAAAACUGCGCCACCUGGACAUCUCCGGUACGAAUCUGGCCGGUGAUGGUGUGGCCGAACGGGCAGGUUCCUGCGUCGGUAGCAGCUCAGACAUCCCGGGGCUGGUGAGCCGAGUCGAUCGACCGUUGGACUUCCUCGGCAUCUACUACACGUCCCAUUCGGCAUGCAAAUGGCAUGACAUUCCGGCCCUAAGAAUCGCUGGCGAGGCAACGGAGGAGCAAAUUUUGGUGGCCGCAAUUGCUUACCAGGACCGGCACGAGGUGCUGACGAAGGUUUUGAACGAUCUGUACCACAUGCUGCGGUUUGAGGCGUUCAAACAAAUCCACAAGGCGCUGGAGGUGGUCCUGUUGGCGAUGGAUAAGCAUAUACGCGUGAAAAAUAUUCAAAUCAGUGGCAGCGCCACUCUGUUCUACAUCGUGAAGGGCCGUGAUAAACUGAAGUUUGGAGUACCGUUGAAGAACCACAUCAUCUAUACGCUGUUGAACGGCAUGUCCACGCAUCUGACGGACGACACAAUGAUGCGGAAUGGUUGUCUAACGCUGUGUCAGUUCAAUAUUCCCGUAGACGUGAUGUUUGAAUACGAACGGUUGGUGAAAAUUCUGCUCCAUGGAGUGUCGUACCGCGAGCAGGAAGGAUUCGUGCAGCGCAUUGCGGUGCAUUUGCUGAACUCGCUCGCUUGCCAGGUGGACGGCAAGCAAAAGUUGUAUCUUGGAGAGCUCGGUGCUAUAUCGCUGAUGCUGAACCUGAUCAAUGAUCGAUUGUCGAGGCGUAUCGUUGACGACGUGAUGGAAGUGGCCUGGUCAACGAUGUGGAACGUAACCGACGAGACGGCGAAGAACUGUGAGCGGUUUCUCGAUGGGCGCGGCAUGGAAUACUUCCUCGGUUGUUUGAAGACGUUCCCGGAUCGGGAUGCUUUGCUGCGCAAUAUGAUGGGCCUGCUCGGCAAUGUGGCGGAAGUGAAGGAGUUGCGGCCACGUUUGAUGACGCAUGAGUUUAUAACCGAAUUCUCGGACCUGCUCGACUCGUCCAGCGAUGGAAUCGAGGUUAGUUACAAUGCGGCCGGUGUGCUGGCACACAUCGCUUCAGACGGAUUGAAUGCUUGGACCAUCUCGAAACCGGCCCGGCACAACGUGCUGAUGCGCAUGGUCGAAGCCAUUGAACGGUGGGAUCUGUCCGCGGAACGGAACAUUAACUAUCGCAGCUUCGAGCCGAUUCUCGGUCUGAUUCGCUGCUAUCAUACACCCCAGUGUCAGCAUUGGGCCGUGUGGGCACUAGCGAACCUAACCAAAGUCUAUCCGACGAAGUACUGCCGGGUGGUGGAACAGGAACAGGGCAUCGAGCUGCUGCAGGAGCUGAUUGACCAUCCGCAACCGUACCCGCGGCUAAAGGAGCUGGCCCAGAUCGUGCUGACACACUGUCGCAACCUGUGUGAACCGAUGGGUGAUGCCUCGACGGAACCGGCCGGUACCAUUGCCGACUCGACCGAGAUGGAGCUGGACGGCUAAAAGUCUAACCCCUGCUCUCCUGGUAGGCACGCCAUAACCGGUUGAAAUCGGACACAUAGUGUGGCGUGCGCUCACGUGAUAGCAAGCAUAAAGUAGCCGGCUUGGAAUCUCCGGAGUACCGAAGGGCGGCGGAAACGUCAAUGGGCGGGUGGGCAGUAGUUUAUCGAUUUAGGCGAAACAUCUAGCGCAGAUUGCGAGCGAAAUAAAUGUCAGUUACCGGAUGAUUCGCGGGGGGUGGAUGCAAUGCAGCGAGAAGUAGAAGUAGAAGCCAGAUUUUGGGAGGCUCUCGAUGUGCAACGCUUGUUUUUCGUUGCUUGCCAUCACGAGCUCCGACGAGAGCACCUUGAGAUGGGGAGAAGUAGUGGUGGUGUUUGCGAGAUUAAUCUGUGGUAGCGGGUAACGGUAGAUCGAACGCCGCCAUUUUGCACAACACCAAAGCGCGCGCCAUCUUCGACUGUCGUCGGGUGUACCCAGUCGUGGGAGGCUGCAGUUGAUAAUCGCAUCUCGUUCGGUUCGGUCGAUCUUGUUUUUUGACGUUUUCGUGCAAGGCUUCACCGAAGGCUGUCCUUGGCAAACCGGAACUGAUCUUGCGAAAGUGCGAACGAUCAAGAACGUUACUGUUUUUUCUCGCUGGCGUUAAAGUUCGUUUUAUGUUGUUCGCUCAUGUAAAUAGUGUUCAGGCAUUAGUGGUUUUUGGCGCAGCUUGUCGGGAAAUAGAACAUCGGAAGUGAGAACGUACUGCCGGUAAUGAGGUGAAGUUUGCGCGCUCGUGUGCGUGGUAUGGGUUUUGCGAUUUGUGGCGUGGUCGGGCGAGAAAGAGAAGCGUGUAAAGUGAUAAAAAAACGUGGGUGAGUGAACGAAUGAAGCGAAAUCGUCGAUGCCGGGUGAGCGAUGUGACAAUUUGGCGAGCUAGAGAUGAAAUACAGGCAUGUAUUACCCCGAUCGGGCUUAUGCGACACGGUAAAUCGACUGGUUAAGAGGGCAUAUUCCUCCCGUGCUCACACUUUUGCUUCAAUUCAUUCGUUUGAACCCCUUUUGGCAUAUUGUUGUGUUUUUCUUUGUUUGCUACUUAGUCUAUCGCACGCCUUGUUGGCGGAAUCUGAUGAAGAUCAGGUUGAACGAUCGCCUCCGGCCACUUGUUUUAGUGUCUGUGAGAGAGGCAGCAUGGGACGGGCAAGAUUGAUAUGUUUAUUUAUUUAUAGGACUCAUAGUUGGGCGCGCCAUAAACAAGGUUGGCCAACUAUCCCAGCUGGGUGGCGAUAUUGAUAUUUUGUAUUUAAGUGCUUCUGUCUAUAGGCUUCUGCGACGUUUAUUAUGUGUAAUCCAUUUCGCUUUUAAGAAUAAUAGAGAUCCUCCCUCAGAGCCGGUCGCCUUUCCUUUGCCAGUAGCAAUCGAAGUGUGCGUCCUGUCGCUUCGGAGCUUGUGCGGCUUGCGGUGGUGCAAGCUUUGCGUCACGCAAUUAAACGCACACGCAUAUACUCCAAUGUGGGUUGCCAUCCGGCGGUUUGCCGUCAUUGGAAGAUGCAUUCGAUGGCCUUCUCCGCGGCUGCAGCUCUGGUUGUGGGAAUAUUAUUACACCUUAAGUAAAUCACACUAGGAAUCCCUUUUUGCUGCUUCUUUCGCCCGCGGGUGGUCAGUCUGUGAUUGACGCAAACGGAGCAAUCUAACUCAUUCAAUCCCAACGCUAGCGUUGGUCUGUUACGUAGUGAUUCUAUAUGACAAGAACAAUGCGCGGCAGUGAUCAGAACGGGAUGAGAAAGAUGAAAAAAAGUAAGCAAACGCCCGGUGAAAUAAUAAAAAAAGCAUAAGAUAAUAACAAAGCAAAAAAAAACAAAUUUAAAACGAAAUCAAUAAAUUACUAAGAGCAAUUUUCGAAAUAA